CACAGAGAUCCAGACAUGGCGCCUACAAUCACAGCAGCAAUGACCAACUCUCAGGAGCAUCUGACUCUGACCCACAAGCUCAGAAAGCCUCUGGUGGAGAAGUUACGCAGAGAGCGAAUCAACAGCAGCAUUGAGCAGCUCAAGUCUCUCCUGGGUCCAGAGUUCCUCAAACAGCAGCCAGACUCCAAGCUGGAGAAAGCAGACAUCCUGGAGAUGACAGUUUGCUUCCUGACACAGCUGCAGCAGCAGAAUCAGCAGCACAGAAGACUGCUCAACCACUUCAACAAGCUGCAGUCUCCCUCUGAUAACAACCUGACAGAGGCUGACUUCUCUCCUCUGAGCUCCACAGUCCACACCAGCAUCACCAAAGAGAAGAGUCCAGUCAACAGUGCCCUCUGGAGGCCGUGGUAG